AUGCGCUCUGCCCUGAUUUUAUUGGGCUGCCUCUUCGUCGCCUCCUUCGCUUCGGGAGACCCGAUAAGGACAAAGAAAGAAGCACCAUUCGACUCGUACGCACCGCCAUCCGGAUCGUACGACGCGUCCGUCAGCCAUGGGGUCACCGACUCCCUGUCACCGCCGUCAGCAGCGGCACCCGGCAACUUUGCCGGCCCGGCACCCGAUCACGCGGUGGCCGCCGCUCACAGCUUUGGCGCCCCCACCGACUCUUACGGCGCACCACUGCCGGCUGACUCUUAUGGUAGGCCCUUGGCUAGCUACUUGGCUGCUCCCAGCACCGCUUCGCUUGUUAAUCUCCACGCCACGACCAUACCCUUCGAAACCAUACCUUCCUUCAAACUGGUUAACCCCUACGCUGUGUCCGCUAACGUAUCCCCAGCUGCCGUCAAUCCCUUUGGUCGGCCGAUAACCACCGCUUCUCCCCUAGCCGCCGUCGAUCGCUACGGUGUCCCCGUUACCGUCGGCGUCGACGCUUACGGGGUUCCCGUGACUGCUGCACCCACCACCCUCCCUACCGUCGAUCCCUUUGGGUUACCCGUCACGUCCGCACCCGCGCUCGAUGUCUUUGGCAACCCUGUCACCGAGGGUCCCUACCCCGUCGAUCCCUACGGUAACCCCCUCACUCCCGGUCCCGUGGCUCUCGAUGUUUUCGGCGACCCGGUGACAGCUGCUCCAUCUACGGUCGCCGUCGAUGCUUUUGGCCGUCCGGUCGCACCUGCCACCGUAGCUGUGGAUCCUUUCGGUAACCCGGUCACAGUGGCGGCUCCGGUGGUAGCCACCGAUGCCCUUGGUAACCCGGUGAGAGCUGCACCUUCCGUGGGUGUGGAUCCGUUCGGGAAUCCGGUGACCGUAGCUGCCCCGGCCGUUGCCACUGAUGUUUUUGGCAAUCCGGUCGAUGCCUUCGGCGAUCCCGUGACCCCUGCUCCCCCCGUGGAUCCUUUGUACGCGGUUCCCACCGUACCACCACCCCUAGUCGUAACACCAGCUCCAGCUCAUUCUUACGUUUUACCAGCCCCGUCCACCUCUUAUGGUGCUCCAGCUCCGGCCCCAGCCCCAGCCCCGGUUUAUGGCGCUCCGGCCCCAGCCCCGGUUUACGGUACUCCUCCAGCCCCGGUUUACGGUCCUCCGGCACAGCCCAGUGGUACCUGGAAGAAGAAGCUCACUUGGAAGUCCGAGUGGCAGAAGGUGUGGAAGACCGAGCAGAAGAUGAUAUGGAAGCAGGUCUGGAAGAAGGUUCAGGUGCCCGUUUGGAAGGAGGUUAAGGUGCCCGCCUGGAAGGACGUGCAGGUGCCGGUGUGGAAGAAGGUCCAGAAGCCAAUCUGGAAGGAAGUCAAAGUACCAGUUUGGAAGGAGAUCCAAGUGCCAGCUUGGAAGAAGGUGUGGAAGCCAGUCUGGAAGGAAGUGAAGACUCCCGUUUGGAAGGACGUUGAGGUCCCCGAGUGGAAGAAAGUCUGGGUCCCCGACUGGGUCACCGUGCCCGAUAGCAACCCCGCCUGGGUCACCACCCCGGCACCCUCUUACGGACCACCGGCACCGUCUUACGGACCACCGGCUCCCUCUUACGGCCCACCCGCACCUUCUUAUGGAGCUCCACCGGCUCCGUCUUAUGGCGUCCCGGAACCGGUUUACGGAGCUCCGCCAGCACCGUCUUACGGGGGUCCUCCAGCUCCGAGUUACGGUUUGCCGGGACCUGGAUUCCAGAAGAAGCUGAUCUGGAGGGAGCAGUGGAAGAAGGUCUGGCGCACCGAGAAGAAGCAAAUCUGGAAGUCGGACAAGAAGCUAGACUGGGUGUCCGAGUGGAAGCAGAUAUGGAAGACGGAGAAGAAGCAAGCCUGGAAGAUCGAGAAGAAGCUCGUGUGGAAGGAGGAGUCGGUGCAAGCCUGGGAGAGCCAGAAGAAGCAGAUCUGGGUGACGGAGAAGAAGCAGGUCUGGAAGGACGAGUGGAAGAGCAAGUGGGUGCCCGAUUGGAAGAGCGUGCAGGUGCCCGCUUGGAAACAGGUGUGGAAACCGGUGUGGGAGAACGUUUGGGUCCCCGAGGAACAUCACGAGGAAGGAUACAAAUAUUAG